UUUAAUAGAAAAUCAAAAUUCAAUUAAAAACGAUUUUUCCCAAUCAACAUUAACAACAACAACAAAGCCACGAAUUUGUGUUUAUCAAAGUUGAGCGAAGAGCAAAAAGCGUAGAGCGAAGACUUGAAGGAAGUAACAUUUUUGUGAAUCGAAAAGUUUUAAUUAAAAAUUAUCAAAAUUAGUUUUCCUCGCCCCUCUAACGUACGCAAUCCAUACGAUAGCAGAAUGUUGGUUGGCUCGCAUCCGUACAUUUGCAAUGGCGGCGUUUUACCGCCAGUGCCCGCCGCCACAAAUCCAACAACAACAACGGCAAGCAGCAAAACUGCCGCCGGCUCAGCUACAGAUUUUUCCAUAGCGGCGAUAAUGGCACGUGAAGAUGCCUCAAGUCGAGAAUCGUCGGUCCGCAGUGCAAGUCCCAUUUCCAUUGAAGAUGAAGUCGAUGUUGAUGUUGUGGACUGCAGUGACUCCGAAGAGCCACCCACAAAAGCUCGACGCCUCAAUAACAACGUCACUAAUAAUCACCAAUACAACAACAAUAACAACAAUAAUAGCAGUAACAACAACAACGCAUCCUUACAGCUUAACAGCAGCACCACAAGCAGUCAAGGUCGUUCAACACCACCACAAUCGCCAGGUACCGAUAAUGAGGAGCGUCUCACUCCCGAACCUGUACAAAAAACCCCAAAAAUUGUGGGUUCUUGCAAUUGUGAUGACCUAAAGCCUGUGCAAUGCCAUCUCGAGACCAAAGAGCUAUGGGAUCGCUUUCACGAAUUGGGAACAGAAAUGAUAAUCACAAAAACCGGCAGACGCAUGUUUCCUACCGUACGCGUUAGUUUCUCUGGUCCAUUGCGUCAAAUACAGCCUGCUGACCGGUAUGCAGUAUUACUCGAUAUUGUACCCAUGGACUCGAAGCGUUAUCGGUAUGCAUACCAUAGAUCAGCCUGGUUGGUUGCCGGCAAAGCAGAUCCUGCACCACCGGCACGAUUAUAUGCACACCCCGACAGUCCAUUUAGCUGUGAAGCAUUACGAAAACAGGUUAUUUCCUUCGAGAAAGUAAAGCUAACCAAUAAUGAAAUGGAUAAAAAUGGACAGAUUGUUUUGAACUCCAUGCAUCGCUAUCAGCCACGCAUACAUUUGGUACGACUCAGCCAUGGUCAGAGCAUACCAACUACACCCAAAGAACUGCAAGAAUUGGACCACAAAACCUACGUUUUUCCUGAAACCGUUUUCACUGCUGUCACAGCCUAUCAAAAUCAGCUGAUAACGAAGCUGAAAAUCGACUCAAAUCCAUUUGCCAAAGGAUUUCGCGAUUCAUCGCGACUCACUGACUUCGAUCGUGAUCCAAUGGAAGCGCUAUUACUCGAACAGCAGCUACGUUCACCAUUGCGCUUGUUUCCAGAUCCACUAAUGCAGCAGUUCGCAGCACAACAAGCCGCCGAUCCAGCUUCGAUGGCAAUUUUCGAGAAGGCUCGUCAGCAUUUGCAAAUGUUCGGUGGUAAUUCCCCAUAUGCUCAGCUAAUGAUGCCACAAAUGUAUGCACAACAAGCGCCUCCACCUCCCGGCUUAGGAGCAUUUCACAUGUUCCAGCAGCAGUGGCCGCAACUAACUGCCGGUUUCCUCGCCAGCGCCAAUCAACAGGCAGCACAAGUCGCUGCCCAGGCACAAGCACAAGCAGCUGCCGCCGCUGCUGCCGCGGCUUCAGCAGCUGCUGCCUCGGCCAAUCGCACACCACCACCACCCGCUGCGUCCACACCCUCUUCUACUUCAUCCGGUUCACCGUCACCCGAUAUGCGACCGCGGCAAUAUCAUCGCUUUAGCCCAUAUCAAAUGAAUCAACAUCCGCCAGCCUCGCGCAGCCCAAACAACUAACGUUGCUGGGAAUAGCAGUGAAAGGGGUUGGAAAGGGCCUGGAAUGACAUGUAUUUGUUUUUAUUUUUAUAAAUUCCUUUUUUACGAAAGUUAAUUAUUUUAUUUAAUUUGUUGUGCGUGA